AGGAACAAUCUACCACAGAAGGGAGAAUUCUUCCGUGGUACACGCGCAGCAGUUCAUCGGGAAUCCUCGUGAAAAUUGCAUCCCUCAUCGCGCAGUCCAUCCAGAUAGGAAGUGUGUUUUAUUUCGCACGUGUUAUCGGCUACCGGGUACAAGGAUAGAAGAAGACCGCACGGGAGGAGAUCAUGUUGACGGUUCUGAUUGCAGGAUUCUGCACGGUUGCCGCCACCGUUGCCCAGGAUUACGAGGUCUCUGACAUUCAGUGCAGCGGCGCAGGAUCAGCCGCUGAUUUGCUGACAGCAAAGAUCAAAAGGCCAGUCGGCUUCAGAGGGGCACCGCUUUUUGCCGACGACAGAUCCGCCAAUCCGCUCACCGACAUUCACUGCCAGAUCAGGCCAGAUCCCAAUGAUCCCCAGGAAGAUAACUAUUUCCUGAAGGUGACUGACUUCUCGAGAUGCGGUGUCUUGAAGAGAAACGGUUUCAUACACCUGAGAAUAUGGUUCCCGGCAUUCUCUGGCGUAGUAAUGCUAGCCGAUCAAGAACUGAUCCUUAUGUGUCGACCACCUGAACCCACGUUACUCCGGCACAAAGCAGCCGGUUUCGCGGGCACAUUCCCACACGGGGCAAGAGUGUCCGGGGUGGUCGAGGAAACCCCGGGUCGCCUGGAGUACGAGGUAGCUCUUUAUCGCGAAGCCACGGGAAAUGUGUCGGACGCAUCCGGAUCUCAAACCGUCGAUCAAGCAGUCCCUAUCGGCACAAAGCUUCAGCUGAGGGCUCGGAUCAGCUCGGACAGUGCAUGGGGAUACAUUAAACUCUUGGAAGUGACUGUCAGCCCCGAUCCCGAUCAGCCUCACGCACCAGGAAGCGUCGUUCUCGUAAAAGACGGCUGCAGAAAUCGGGACUUCGCUUCGAUAAUUCCUCAUCAGCCGGCUCGCUACCGGGAGAGGAAAAACGAGGUUUUCCUCGACUUCGAGGCGUUCCUCCUCAGCUCGAUGAGAGAACGAUCCACUUUGUGGAUACACUCUCAAAUUAAAGCGUGCAUGGAGCCUCAGGACUGCCAGCCGGACUUCUGCUUGGACCUGUUCGAACCGUCGGGACACGGGAAAAGAAGAAGAAGACUGGUGGAAGAAGAACCAAAUGUAUUUCUUUCUAAAGACAGACGUUCAAUAAAGGAAUACAAUGAUUCGACUCCGUUCACGAAAUUUAAGGAAAAUAUAGAGUACACAGUAAUGAUGCCCGACGAUUUAUAUCAAAAAGUUGCCGCUGGAUUUGAGAAUAGCUGUGGAAGUUUUCUUUACGUUGCCACCGGAUUGGGUGCACUUCUUGCUUUAUCAGCAUUUAUCAUGUGCUAUCUGGCUUCUCGUUUGCACAAUUUAUCAUCAACCAUACCGCAAAAUAAAUCAAUCGACGAACUCAUUCGAGACCGAGCGAGGAAAUUUUCUGAGACUGCCCAAGGCUACACCGGUCGAUCCACGGUACAAUAGCGUAACGUCGCGGAUUGUGUAUUAUAUUUGACCAAAAUUAUGAAAUAAGUCCUGUAUACCGAAGGGAAAAAUUGAGAUCAUUUCCGGUAUACGUACAAGAAGUAUAAACACAGAAGUAGCUCGAACUUGUCAUAAAAAAGUUGUCCUUUACAUCGAAUGUCUACAAAAACUAAUUAAAAACAAUACAGUAUGAAAUAUAUAAUGUAUGUAAAUAAUACAUAUACAAGGUGAAUCGCUCUAGCUUAGUAUUUCAAAUAACUUCUUCCUUGGUAAUAUGGACAAAAAUGUCAACAAUAAAGAUUCCAAUGAAUAUGAAAGUAAUUUCUUAUGAACCUGAUAAUACAGUUCAAAAUUCUAAAAGUAGGUAUAUAUGGUUAUGCAAAGCAUUAUCUAUAAUGUCAUUAAAACGAAAAUACUUAACAAGUGUACUUUAAAUCUAUAUAAAUUGAUAUGAUAACAAUGCGAUAACACAGUAAUUUGCUGACCUUGUUUUUGUAGCAACUAUAUUAUUAUAUUAAAUGCAUACUAAAAAUAUUAAGUUCCAUUUCUAAGCUGACCUUUGAAGUUUUAUUGAAAACAUUUUGUACAUUUUUUUCUGGAAAUUGAAUGUACAGAAGUUAUUUGAAGUAAACGUAUCUUAGACACGUAUACCAUUUAAAAUGAGUAAAUGUAAUAAAACUUAAUAGAUUUAUUAUAGGAGCAUGUAUCAUAUUAUAUAAUGUUACUUGUAAUACAAAAAUCACGAAGAGAAAUUUUUUUUUAUUUUACAAACACGAAAAAAUGUUCGUCUUCUGCGCUGUUUUCUCCUUAACUAAUGAUUCACCUUGCAUGUUUCAUAAAGCCAGGUGCACAGAAAAUUUAUUAUCAUUUUUUGCACCCAAUAUAUAUGACUUUCACAACGUAUAUGUUUUCUUACACACUUUAAAGUAAUUUUUACCGAUAAAUUUAUCAAACGUACAGUGCUAUUACGUGACCUGAAAAAAUCUUCAUUUAUAAUAAUAACUUAAAACUCAUUGUAGAAUAAUCAUUCGGGUUUCAUGAAGUGAUUUUAUAAUUCCGACACAAUGUAUAUACAUACACAUGGUGAAAUAUUUAUUACUUAUAAAUAAAAAUUGAUUGUCUAAGGAUGCUUACCAAGAUUUCCUUUGGCAAUCAAUUAAAAUAUUUACAAAAAAUAAAUAGAAUAGAAUAUCUGACUGUGUACAUGAACGCGUAAUUUGAUUAUUUAUUAUAGAAUAAGACAUUAUUUCAUACUCAUGCAUGCAAUCAUAACUUUAUAAACAUUGAAUUAUUUGUAGAAAAUUUAACCCAUUAUUUUAUUCUGUUUUCCAACGGUUUCUAGUGUAUUAUAUUAUUACCCUUCAAUAAAUAUAUAGGGUAAUGUCGAUUAACAGUGCAGUCGCACACAAUUUACGUAUCCAAUCAACGACGAUCAACAAUAGCUAAUGGCAAUAAACCAUAUUGAAAAAUAAUUUUUACGAUAAAUUAAGCAAUCAAACGCACGCAUACCAUUAACACAUGUUUUGAAAUGCAUAGAACAGUUUUACAAUGUUAUCUUAUGUGUACGCUCAAAACCAUUCUUUGGUUAAUAUUUUAGUUUAGAGUAAAAAUAUUGCAACAUUUUGUUACAAAGUGUGGCACUUAUUAUUUAUUUUGUAUUUUUAACAUUUACCUAUAAAUAUAUAUUUUUUUCCUUGUAUAAUGCAUCAUUUAUUUGUAUUAAUUACACAUAUCUAUUUAAC